CUCCGUCCUGACUCCCCUCCCUACUGCGUCUGCGCGCCACGCUCCCUUUCCUCCUCCCCCUCGCGUCGCGUCCCGCUCUCCGCCGCCCAAAAAUAGGCGGGGGCCGGAGGCUGCCGGAAGAAAGAGAGUGGCGUAGGCAGUAGGCACACGCGGUCCCGCGUACCGCGCGCCCCCGUUCCCUCCCGUCCUCACCUCGCCACCCCCCCGGCGGCUCCCCCCUCCCUCGCCCCGUCGAUGGCAGCAGCCUUAAAUCCCCCGCGCGGCCGUCGCGCCCGCCGCUUGGUUUCACCUCGCGUCCCAUGUCCCUCCGCGAACCCAAAGCCGCGCCGGACCCAUCGAGGCGGCGGGCGGAUGCCGUCGGGUGGCUGCGCUCGCUGUUCCCGGACCUGCCGCUGCCGCCACAGGCUUCCGACGACGACCUGCGUGCCGCGCUCGCCAGCGGCAGGCUGCUCUGCGCGCUCCUCCGGAGGCUCUACCCUGGCGCCCUGCUGGACGACGCCGCGACAGACAAUGUCGGCAGGUUCCGCGCCGCCGUCGAGCGGAUGGGCGUGCCCACCUUCAGCGCCUACGACCUCGAGAGGGGUGAAAUGUCAGCUGUCAUUACCUGCACUCUCGCCCUAAAGGAUCGGUUCGCAUCGCGCGCCGGCGAAGACCGGAGCUCUACCUUCCUGACCAGGGGCGAUAGCGAAGGAAGUAGAAAGUACAUAGAAGCCAAGCUGCAAAGGGUACUCACAAGCCCCAUUAUGUCAGAACCAUCCUCUCCCUCGUUAGGGGCCGAUCUGUUUUCCCCGUCACGGACACUUCAGCUUAAACAAGGAUAUUCUGAUCUUCCUGGUUGUAAAAUCUCAGACUUGAUGAAAUCCUCAAGCUUGGAUAAUGCACCCACUCAGUCACUUCUGGGUGUUGUGAACAGCAUCCUUGACGAGAGCAUCGAGAGGAAGAAUGGACAAAUACCUUAUCGUAUUGCUUGCUUGCUGAGAAAGGUCAUAGUGGAAAUUGAAAGGCGUAUUUCUACUCAGGCUGGGCAUAUACGGAACCAAAAUAACCUGAUUAAAGCUCGCGAAGAGAAGUAUCAGUCGAGGAUAAGAGUCCUAGAGGCACUAGCUGGUGGGGCAAGUGGGCAAACACAUAUGGAGAAAGACAAACUCGAAAGCAAGGGACAACUAGCUGAGGAAGAUGUGGCUAGGUUAAUGAAGUAUGAGGAAGAAGUGCUAAGAUUGAUGAAAGAAAAGGAAGAUAUGGUUAGGCUGCUUAAGGAGAAGGAAGAUAUGGUCAGGUUGCUGAAGGAAAAGGAAGAUAUGGUUAGAUUGUUGAAGGAGAAGGAAGAUAUGGUUAACUUGGAAAAUGUCGAAGUUAAUAGUACACACCAAGUAGUAGAUGAGAAUAAAGAUAUAUUACUUAAGGAGAAGGGUGAUACUGUAGUUAGGUUGACAAAAGAGAAGGAAGAGAUGGUUAGGUUGUUGAAGGAGAAGGAAGAUAUAAUUAGACUAAUGAAGGAGGAUGGAGCUGCGGUUGACUUGAAAAAUGACAAAGUUGAAGACACACAGCAAACAGUAGAUGAGAAUAAAGAUAGGUUACUUAAAGAGAAGGAUGAUACAGUAGUUAGAUUAACAAAUGAGAAAGAAGAGAUGGUUAGGUUGUUGAAGGAGAAGGAAGAUAUAAUUGGACUAAUGAAGGAAAAGAUUGAGGAUAGAAAGCAAACAACAGAUGAAGAUAAAGAUAGGUUGAUUCAGGAGAACAAUGGUAUCGUGAUUAGGUUAACAACUGAGAAGGAAGAGAUUAUUAAUUUACUGAAAGAGAAGGAAGAUAUAAUUAGAUUGAUGAAGGAGAAAGAGGACAUGUCCUUGUCAAUGAAGAAGGAAGAUAUGGCUGACUUGAAGAAAGCCAACGUUGAAGACAGAAAGCAAUCAAUAGAUGAAGAUGCAGACAGGUCCUUUAAGGAGAAGAGUGAAAUAAUUAGGUUGAUAAAGGAAAAGGAGGAUAGCAGCAAUACAAUUAUGAAACUGAAGCAAGAAUUGGAAUCAUUAAGAUCUUCAUAUGAGGAGAGCUGCAAGUUGUUAGUAUCUAAGAAGGAAGAUAUAACUAAGCUUGUCACAGACAAGGAAAUGAAUGAUAAAAUAAUUUUGCAACUCAGGAAAGAACUUAACACAACAAAAAAUCUGCACGAGACACAUAGUCAGCAAUUAGAGACAAGGGCUGCCAAAGCAAAUAAGGAGUUUGAACUGAAGAUAAAAGAAGUAGAGCUGAUGCUAGAAGAUUCUACCAGGAGAAGACGAGAACUCGAGGUAUUAUCGGAAUCUAGAUUCCAAUUUUGGAAGCAGAAAGAAAUAGUGGUCAACCAAUUUGUGGGUUUGCAAAUAAAGCAUGCUCAGGAUUUGAGGCUAUCUUCUGUUUCCGUUAGGCAUGAAAUCCUAAACUGUCAAAAAAUAUGGUUUGAAGAACUGGCUGGUCUCGGACAAAACCUUAAGGUGGUAACAAGUAAUGCAGAAAAAUAUCAUGCAACUCUUGCAGAAAAUAGGAAACUAUUCAACGAGAUCCAGGAACUAAAAGGAAAUAUCAGAGUUUAUUGUCGGGUGAGACCUUUUCGACCCGGGGAAGAUGAGAAGUCCACUUCAGUUGAAUAUAUUGGCGACAAUGGUGAACUGAUUUUAUCAAAUCCUACAAAGAAGGGAAAGGAUGGGAGCAAGAAUUUUACAUUUAACAAAGUUUUUGGCCCUACAAGUACACAAGAUGCGGUAUUCAAGGAUAUUCAACCGUUGAUUAGAUCAGUUCUUGAUGGUUACAAUGUUUGCAUUUUUGCGUAUGGUCAAACUGGAUCAGGAAAAACCUACACUAUGAUGGGACCUGAAAAGGCAACUGAGAAGGAAUGGGGUGUCAACUAUAGAGCACUAAAUGACCUUUUCAAUAUCUCCCAUGAUCGGGGAGACACAGUUACGUAUGAACUUGGUGUUCAAAUGAUUGAGAUCUACAAUGAGCAAAUCCGUGAUCUCCUUGGUACUGGCGGUUCGCAGAAGAAAAUAGGGAUCCAGAAUACUACCCAGCCCAAUGGAUUAGCUGUUCCCGAUGCAACAAUGUGUCCUGUUAGCUCAACUUCUCAUGUUAUCGAGCUAAUGCAAACAGGGCACAACAACAGAGCCAUGAGUGCGACAGCUUUGAAUGAGAGAAGCAGCAGAUCUCACAGUGUUGUGACCAUUCAUGUCCAAGGCCAGGAUUUUAAAACAGGGAACAGUUUGCGCGGUGCUCUGCAUCUUGUGGACCUUGCUGGAAGUGAGAGGGUGGACCGAUCUGCAGUUACAGGAGACAGGCUUAAAGAAGCACAGCACAUCAACAAGUCUUUGGCUGCUCUGGGGGAUGUCAUCUUUUCUUUGUCACAAAAGAAUGCUCACGUACCUUACAGAAAUAGCAAGCUUACACAAGUCUUGCAAACUUCUUUGGGCGGGCAUGCAAAGACCCUAAUGUUUGUGCAGGUCAACCCAGAUGUUUCGUCUUACACCGAGACUUUAAGUACUCUGAAAUUUGCUGAACGUGUGUCUGGGGUGGAAUUAGGUGCUGCAAGGACCAAUAAGGAGGGCAAAGAUGUCAGAGAAUUAACAGAACAGCUUUCGUUGCUCAAAGAUACCAUUUCAAAGAAGGAUGACGAAAUUGACCGGUUACAACUACUCAAUAGUACCACCUCCCGAUUGAAGUCUACAAGGAAUGUUGAUUCCCUGCUGAAACAUUCCUCCUCUUCUCCGGGCAUGACAUCCCUAGGGAAGGUGACUAGUGUUGGCAGUGGGGCAGCUUCUGAUCUUGACAACUUUUCUGAAACCAGUGACAAGCAUUCAGAAGCCGGGUCCAUGCUCUCUAUUGAUGAUACCCGGCAGCUGGGUCAGAACUCUGCUGAUCCUGAGAUUUCUGCCCGUGGUGAUGUUGAUUCAGAUGGAAGGUUAAGUGAUGUAUCUGAUGAGGGUAUUUCCACGGGUGCAGAAACUGAUAGUUCAGUAAACAGUGCGGCGGACCAAGAAAAAGAGAAAAAUGCUGCAAAAGAGCGGUUUACCAAAGCAGUAAAUCGAAUCCAGAAGCUAACAGUCCCAAAAGCUGUCCAAGCAUCAAGCUUGCGGUCUAAAGCAAGAGAUCCUUCUGCUCCUAAACCUUCAGCGACAACAGGUGUGCGAAGAAGUACAACUACUCAAGCAACUCCCUCAGCAAGAGCUAGUAGCACUUCAAAACGAGUACCAUAGAUGAAGACUAAUCACUUGGCCAAACCACUUCCCAAUUAUUUUAUUUUUGUAUAGUUCUUUCAGAAAGGUUUUUCUUCUUGGCAUGAUGUCUGCAACAUUGACGCUGCAUCUAAUUUCUUGUGCCAGUUAGUGAACUUUGUAUCAGGAGGGUGUUAACUGUUAAGUAUGUGUUGCGUACCAGUAUGUGAUAUUAGCAUGUUACAAUAUGAGAUACCUUUGUUGAAUGUAUUAGUAGAGACAGACAGUGAAAGAAUUCGAUUCAAUCAAAUUGAAUGC